AUGAAGGUUUCGUUCAAAAAGCUACUUCGUGUCAUGCGUCCAAGUGUACCGUUCAUGGAUUCGACAUCAGUUACUUUCUAUCGAUCCCUCGAAGAAUCGGAAUGGCUUCACAUUGUGUCAAACCUGCUUUCGUUAGCGUCUUCGAUUGCUAGUGUCGUCACCCUUCACAAUUCUUCACAGUCAUUCUUUAGGUUGCCUCUUUGUAUUGAAGAGGGUUGGGAUACCACAUGUCAGCUGAUGUCAUUGGCGCAACUCCUGCUCGACCCAUAUUAUCGUACGAUAGAAGGCUUCCAAGUACUCAUAGAAAAAGAAUGGUUAGCAUUCGGUCAUCGUUUCUCUCACCGUGCAAAUCAUACGAUUUCUUCGCAGAAUAGCGGUAUAACACCGGUUUUCCUUCUGUUUUUGGAUGCAGUACAUCAGUUGUUGGCUCAGUUUCAUGGUGCAUUCGAAUUCAACGACUUUUACCUGCGAUUCCUAGCUUACCAUAGUCAGUCAGCGUUCUUUCGUACUUUUGUGAUGGAUUGCGAAAGUGAACGUGUGCAUCUCGAGCAUCUUGUUCCGGAGACUGGGGAAGGGCAUCGGGGAUGCAUCUGGAUGUACAUCAAGGAGAAAACGUGUAGGAGCACAAUAUUCCAUAACCUUCUGUAUUCGCCUGAAGGUGAACGGGUUCUGAUUCCUGCUUGUUCAAUCGCGGCCCUUCAAACGUGGACAUUCUACUCAGAAGAAACGCUAGUCACGGCUCACCAUAUGAUAUUGGUAGACCUCGCCGAAGCGGAGCUGGUAGAACGCGAUGAUGAACACUUUUCUCAUUCCGAAGGUGUAACUACAGGUGGCACUUCAUCUCGUAUAGUCGACGGCACAAUAGUAUGUCAGGAUCUGAAGAGAGAAGAUGGAAUUACCUUCUUAAUCCAGACGAACGAUCGCUUGAAUCCUCUCGAGAAACCACGUGCAGGCGGAUGGCUGAACACAUGGCAGACUGCAGAAGAACGAAUGUCGACGGAUGACGAGGACCAAGACGAUAAAGAAGAGAAAGCUCAUGACUGGGACUGGCAGGUGAGACGGGUACUUCUGAAAAGAGCGGCGCUUCGUGUAUUGCUCCGAGGGAUAUCGAGCCGAUCGGCGGCGAGUCAGAAAAAUGUCAGCAAGAAUCAUGUUUUUGAACACUACGGUGCCAGUGGUGGACAGCCAUCCGAAUGUGGGCUUUGUCAUUUUCCCCUGUAUGGAACUGUUGUGCGAACAGGUCAACGAUGUCGUCAGUGUGGCGUUAUAGCUCAUGAUAAAUGUAUAGUUAAUCUCUGGCCGUGUGAUCCACGUGCAACAUCUACUCGUCCGACCACUCAUGAGGCGUCUUUGCCACCAACCCCAGUGCGAACAGCAACAGUUGAAGGGCAGGGGACGGUGGCACGUAGUGAGACUCUGCUUAGUGACUUAGCUGAAGGUAACGAUUUUGAAGGUAGUAAUCAGUUCCGAAUUAAAAUGAAAUGGCGCCGAACACUAACAAUCGGUCACGGAACCACAACACCAUCACGUGCGGCAGCUCCUCUACAUCAAGGCUAUCUGAGCAAGAAAGGUGCAAAGUUCAAGCUGUGGGCACCGCGUUGGUUUGAGCUCGAAGCCAAUAGUCAUAAGAUGUAUUACUACGAGUCUGAACACGAUCUGGAAUGUCGUGGUUACAUCGAUUUAUGCGAUGUGGGCAGUGUAGAGGUAGAAAAUAAUGGGAACAAGGCCAUUCUUGAGGUUGGUCAUUUGUCUUUAUCGAUGCAUCACAAACGUUUUGCCCGUUCUCCCUCUGCCCCCUUUUUUGUGUAA